GCUAUGCACUCGAUGCCCAGCCUUCACCCCGUGACAGCUGUGAGGGACAGCCAGAGCCACCGAGCCCAGCCGCACCGUCACACAGGGGGGGUCCCGUCGCCCAGGGAGAUCCAGGGAGAGGUCCUCCACAGAAACCAAAGAAGAAGACCGGAGGAGACGCUCGGAGCGGAACGACCGAGAGCCAGAAAGAGAGGAGAGGAGGAGAGAGAGAGAGAGAGACAGAGAUCAGAGAGGAGCAGAGAGUGAUCGGAGGGGAGAAGAGAGAGAUCGCAGCGGAGAGGAGAGAAGGCAGCAGCCAGAGACUGACCCUGCGCUGUACCCCCCCCUGACUCCCCACCCCUGGGACUGCUGGUACCACAGCCUCCUGCUUACCGACAGAGCGCCGUCAGACACAGAGCACAGAGGCAGGACAGAGCCCCACUUGUGUGAAAAACACGCAAAAAAAACGGAGAAGAUUUAUUCCCGUUCGGCUUGGUUUUCUCUUUUCUUUUUUUUGUCAGCUAUUUGACUAUUUAUUUCUACAUUUUUAACUUAAUUUUUUUUUUUUUUCCCCAAGGGAAAGUUUAUGUGGAGGACAGUGUUUGAGGUUUUCUUUCUGAACGGAAAGUUUCCAAGAGGAGAAGAGAGGCAGGAGGACGAGAAGAGGAGAAAGUGAGAGAAAGAGAGAAAUAAAGAGAGCGCGAGAGAGAGAGAGAAAUGGCCAACUCUGGGUUCCAGUUGCUGGGGUACUUCCUGGCCCUGGGCGGCUGGAUUGCGAUCAUCUCCACGACGGCCCUGCCGCAGUGGAAGCAGUCGUCGUACGCGGGCGACGCCAUCAUCACGGCCGUGGGGCUGUACGAGGGGCUGUGGAUGAGCUGUGCCUCUCAGAGCACCGGCCAGGUGCAGUGCAAGGUGUUCGACUCGCUGCUGUCCCUCGAUGUGCAUGUCCAGACGUGCCGGGCCCUGAUGGUGCUGUCGGUGCUCCUGGGGUUCUUCGCCAUCAUCAUCAGUGUGGUGGGGAUGAAGUGCACCCGGGUGGGAGACAGUAACCCCCUGAUCAAGGGCCGCAUCGCCGUGUCCGGUGGCGUCCUGUUCCUCCUCGCAGGGUUGUGCACGUUGGUGUCUGUUUCCUGGUACGCCACGCAAGUCUCCCACCAGUUCUUUAACCCCAACACACCGGUAAAUGCCAGGUUCGAGUUUGGCUCCGCCCUGUUUGUGGGCUGGGCGGCGGCCAGUCUGACCAUGCUGGGCGGGUCUUUCCUAUGCUGCUCCUGUUCCCCUGACGACAGGAGAGGGCAGCAGUACUACAGCCAAUCACAGCCCUCCACAGCCAGGGAGGUUGAGUUGUUGACUGAGAGCAGCUCCCCUGACUGAUGAACCCCCCCCCGGCCCCCCCGGCCCUGCCGCUGAAGAUCUCUCCAGCUCUGCUCCUAGUCCUGUGUCCUGGUGUAUAAUACAAUGGUGUAUAAUAUGGAGCGAGACACCUAACCCGCAAAUGCUCCUGACGAGCUGGUCGGUGCCUUGCAUGGCAGCCAAUCGCCGUUGGUGUGUGAGUGUGUGUAUGAAUGGGUGAAUGAGAAGCAUCAAUUGUACAGUGCUUUGGAUAAAGGCGCUAUAUAAAUGCCAACCAUUUACCAUUUACCAUUUAAUAUGAUGGUGUAUAAUAUGGGCCCUCAUCUCAGUGCUUAAGCCAAGUUAACCCUCCCCCAAAGAGAUCUGCAUCUUCCUUCACAGCCUCUGCACUGCCCUUUGACCUCUGUAUGACCUCUGUGUGACCCUUGCGAGGACACGGGCUGCGCUCAC